AUGGAUCACUAUCUCUCCAUUCACGCUAGCCAAAAGCCGGGCUCUACCGCCAUCCAAGAUGAUAACCAGAGCAUGACAUACAUGGACCUCAAGCGAGAAGUCGAUAGGCUAGUUUCCGUACUGAAGGGCUAUCACUUGAGCCCCGAGGAACCGGUCUGCAUCUUAGAGGGAGUCAGCUCCAAACUCGUCAUUGCUCAGCUUGCUCUGAUAAGAGCAAGACUGACAUGUGUUCCGAUGGAGCCAUCUACCCCCAGGCUUCGUCGGGCUGAUAUGCUCGCUGAUAUCGGAGCCAAAUAUAUUCUUUCUGACGAGAAGGACGCCGCCCAGGACACCGACUAUACGGUGAUCCCCAUAUCGGGCCAGGGUUCUGGCGACAUAUCCUGUGAGCCGAGAGACAACCAAGUGGACGGUUCGACCCAUGAUCCAGGCCAUCAGUACCGCAGCCAUAUCAUCUUUACGUCAGGAUCAAGCGGAAAACCAAAAGCUGUCCAGAUACCGGAAACAGCUAUUAUUCAUCUAGUGACAAAAUCAGCUCUGGCACCGCUGGAGCCCUCUGAUCGCGUCACGCUCAUAAAUAAUCCGGGCUUUGAUAUUUCGCUGUUUGAGGUGUUCGCUCCAUUGGUCGCUGGUGCCACUAUGGUCCCAGUACCUCGCAUGGUUGUGACGGACCCCUUCGCAUUUCGAGAAUUCGUCGAAGAGAAAAGUAUCUCUGUAACCUUUAUGACAGCGGCAUUGCUUUCUAUUAUCGGUCGCACCUGCCCUAACGCUUUCCGCGGUGUCAGGCAUGUCUUGAGUGCCGGUGAUGUGCCUAAUUCUGCUGCUGUACAGGCGAUCAUGGAGUCCUCCGCACCCCCAAAGCAUUUGUGGAACACAUACGGCCCGACGGAGGCAACAACCUACUCUACUAUGCACGAGAUCCAAGCCGAGGAGUUCCAACAUAAUUCUAUAGGUAUCGGCAAACCAACUGGGGACACCAAGUUGUGCCUUGUGGAUGAGAACCUAAAGAUCAUUACAAAGCCGGAUGAGACGGGCGAAAUCCUGCUCGGAGGGCCUGGCUUGACUAUAGGAUAUAUCAAUCGUCCGAAAGAGAAUGAAAAAAGCUUUGUAACCCUCGGUAGAAACAGAUAUUACCGAACUGGUGAUCUGGCAAAGUAUCGCCCAACUACACCAGAUGUGCUCGAGUUCGUUGGUCGAGCAGAUCACCAAGUCAAACAGGGUGGAUUCCGUGUGGAAUUAGGAGAAAUUGAGCAGACCCUCCUGGCAAGCGGUUGGUUGUCCGGUGCCAUCGUACGACAGAUUACACCCCAAAAUGAUGGCGAAGAAUCAUUUCUUGUGGCAUUUGUGAUACCCACCGUUGCUGACACAGUCCGUGCUCGUAACCUUUCUGAAUAUCUGGAACAGAGGUUGCCAUCCUAUAUGGUUCCGAAGGAUUUUGUCUUUUCUUCAGAGUAUCCCUUGACAGAGCAUGCUAAGGUCGAUCGGAAAGCGUUAGAGCAGCAGUACAGAGAGAAACGAGACCAGCAAAAGGCCGCUAAUGGGGAUGUGACAAAUAGCCAUGGCAGUGACACAGAGAGUGUUGUGAAGCAUAUUUGGUCCUCCUUACUGAACAAGAAAGAAAUCAGCGAUGAUGAUGACUUCCUUGCACUCGGGGGGACAUCUCUUCAAUCCGCUGCUCUAAUAGGAAAGCUGAAGGAAAUUUUUGGAAAGGUUGUACCUAUGCAAGCUGUGCAUGAAAAUUCCAGGUUCCGCGAUCUGGUCAGUUACCUUGGCGAGUUCACCGAAGGCGGGAAUGCACCGGACGAGACAGAUAAAUGGAUCGAGGAUUCCAAGAUCGCCGACGACCUGUAUACCGUACCCGACUGGCAGGCAGAUAACGAAGGGAGAGUCUUCGUAUCAGGUGUCACUGGAUUUGUUGGCGUGAACUUCCUCAGCCGAUUCCUGCAGAUGCCCACAGUGAAAGAAAUUGUGUGCAUCGCGCGGCCUAAAAAUGGCAUGGAACCCCAAGAUAGAGUGCAGGCAACCUUGGAGCAAUAUGACCUCUGGGAUAGAUCAGAGCCCCAUACGCACAAACUAAGGGUCUUAACGGGCGAUAUUUCUUCUGACUUGCUUGGGCUCCCACCAGAUCAAUUUGACUGGUUGGCGAACUGGGCGAGUGUUGUUUUCCAUCUCGCCGCCAAGGUUAACUUCUGCGAUCCAUACCAAGCCCACUUUGACUCCAACACCCUUGGGACUAAAAAUAUGAUAGACUUGGCUUCUAGUGGACGGCGAAAAGCAUUUCACUUCAUGUCCAGCAUUGAUGUCUGGGGCCCGACAGGCCUUGUACUUGGAACCCGCAAAUGCCUCGAGGACGAGCCACUUGAGCGCCACGUACGAGCACUACCGUUCGAUGUUGGGUACGCACAAAGCAAAUGGAUUUCUGAGGUGAUGGUGCGUCGAGCUCGUGAUCGCGGGCUUCCCACCGCCAUCUAUCGGCCUGGAUUCACCAUCGGGGAUUCCCGAAACGGGGCUGGCAAUCCAGAUGACUUCUUUGCCCGUUUGAUGGUGGGGAGUAUUCAACUGGGCGCAUUCCCUAUCCUUCCAAAUCAGAGAAUGGAGUACGUUACUAUCGACUACGUAGUUAACGCUACCUUACACAUCGCCUCUCGCACCGAAAAUCUCGGCAAAUCAUACAGCCUAGUUGCCCCUGACCCUAAGGACUCGGUGGACCUCGAAAAGACUGUUGAGGUCUUCCGGAAUGCUGGAUAUUCAUUGAAGCGUGUUCCCUAUUGGGAUUGGGUUCGCAUGUUGCAGAGGACGAGUGAUACGAACAACCCGUUGUUGCCGGUUAUGCCACUAUUGCAGGAGCCUGUGUUGAACGGACUCUCCAGGUUCGAGACCAGCAGGAACACGCCCCACUAUGACAGUUCGAAUACGGCUGCUGCGUUGAAGGAUGCACCAGACAUUCAGUAUGUGCCUUUCGAUUCCCAAAUGCUAAGCAGGUUCCUUGAAUUCUGGGACCGGAAGGGAUUCUACCAGGCGCUACAGAUUUAG